AUGAAAGAUCUUAUGUUUGUUCAGAACAUCAAAAUUCCUCGAUUUUUACUUCUCGAAUCAGAUGAUCAAUUUGAACUGUACGGCUUCAGUGAUGCUUCAGAAAAGGCAUAUGCUGCAGCUAUCUACUGUCGCUCCAAAUCAUAUAAUGGUGACAUCAAGGUUCAACUAGUGAUAGCUAAAACUAAGGUUGCUCCUCUUAAAACCAUAUCCCUUCCUAGACUUGAACUAUGUGGAGCACUUCGCUUGACAAAACUUAUGAGCCUAACUUGCAAUGCACUGAAAUAUACCAUAUCUAAUUCUCAAUUUUUUAAAGACUCCACGAUUGUGCUUUAUUGGAUAGAUUCCCCAGCGAAUAGGUGGAAAGUGUUUGUUGCUAAUAGAGUAGCAACAAUCCAAACUCUGUCUUCUCCUUCUCAGUGGCAUCACAUCAAGGGAGAUUUAAACCCAGCCGAUUUGGCUACACGUGGAGUAUCGUCACCAGAAUUAAUAACGUCCCUUUGGCUAUGUGGUCCAAACUUUUUACAUAACUCAUUUUCUUUUCAGGAAGAACAACGUUCCGCUGAUCAUGUGCCUGAAGAAAGGUAUUGCAUGCAAACAACUACAACAGAUAAACAUUCGUCGAUUUCUGAUGAUAUAUUUGAUAGAUAUUCAUCUCUUUCUAAACUUAAACGAAUCACAGCUUUAUGUUUAAGAUUUAUUCACAACUUGCAGUGUAAUGAGUUUAAUAGUGAGAUCAAUGCAUUAAAAAGAAAGCAACUUUUAUCUUGUAAUAGCAAAAUUUUAUCUUUAAAUCCGUUUAUUGAUGAUUCAGGAAUUCUCAGGGGUGGCGGUCGCUUGCGACAUUCAAAUCUCGCAUACGGCCACAAACAUCCUAUUUUAUUGCCAAAACGGCACAUUCUAACUGAUCUCAUUGUUAGACAUUUUCAUGAAACUCUCUUGCAUGCCGGUCCACAACUUGUGCAAUCUUCUAUUCAAGAAAAGUAUUGGAUUGUAGGUGCUAGAGAUGUAAUAAGACAUAUAAUUAGAAAAUGUGUAAAAUGUAGUAAAUUAAGAGCUUCUAUAACCAAUCAAAUCAUGAGCGAUUUGCCAUCUUCUCGAAUUACCCCUGCAUCAGCAUUUUUGCGAUGUGAAGUAGAUUACGCAGGCCCUUUCCAAAUUAAAUCUAUUAAAGGAAGAGGUUCUAAAUCAUUUAAAGCAUAUGUAGCUCUCUUUGUUUGUUUCACUACAAGAGCUAUACACCUAGAAUUGGUGACUGAUUUAUCUGCAGAUGCUUUCAUCGCAUCUCUUAAAAGAUUCAUUUCCCGUAGGGGUAAAUGUAAUGACAUAUAUAGUGAUUGUGGCACCAACUUUGUUGGAGCUAAACGCCAAUUAAUGGAAUUUGAAAAGCUUGCUAAAUCAAAAAACUAUAAUCAAAAUGUUCAUAAUUAUUUAUCUGAUAUUGGUAUUAAAUGGCAUCUAAAUGUUCCAGGUGCGCCACAUAUGGGUGGCCUCUGGGAAGCAGGAAUAAAAUCUGCUUAUCCGUCUGCUUAA